AUUGGAUUCCUCCGACGCACUGACCCGCAGUCCCGCACAACCACCACCACCACCACCACCAUGGCCGCCGCGCCAACAAGCUCCGGCGACUCGCCGCCGCCUGCGCAGCCGGAGUACGGUUCCAUCUCCUCCAUGGUAGCCUCGUCUGCCUCCUCCGCUGCAGCCGCGGUCGCGGACUUCACCCGCUGGGCCGAGACCUUCGGCACCGAGAAGGCCGACGCCGCCAAGGCUGCCCUAACCUCCGCCACCACCUUGGCCACCUCAUCUGCCUCCGAGGCGGCUUCUGCUUCCUCCAAGGCCGCGUCCUCCGCAUAUGCGGCCGCCUCCGACCUCACCCUCGUCGCCAAGGAGGAGCUGGAAUGGUUCAAGACGGAGUACUCUGCUCACGAGCAGAUUGUGUUCGGCAAGAUCAAAGAGGGUGUCGUCAUGGCGAUAAUGCAUCCAGGCAUUGCUGCAGGCUCUGCAACCCUUGCAGGGAUUAUCCUUUUCAAAAGGCCAAGGAGCUACCUUAUUCAACGAGUACGGCACAUGUUUGUUAGCAAGGAGACCCUACUUUCUGGAGUACAGGCUGAAGUGAAUCACAUGCGGCAGACUGUGAAUCUUGUAUCCAAUGAACGCCAAAAGCUGUUGGAUAGAGCAGCAACUGCAGAGAAAAGAUUCCAAAAAGGAUGGAAUACACUCAGGGAAGAAGGGCGUUCCAUUCAACACGAGUUGCGUGAGAUUAGUGAUAUUGAAAACCAAGCAGUAGGUCUGAAGGGAAUUCUUGAUCAGCUUCCCAGAGCACAUGCAUCUGAAUUUCGGUCGAAGAUGUCUGGCCUAGCUUCUCAGGUUAAGAAGGAGAAGCGAGUGCUCAACGCCGCCCUCACGAAGAUUGUGAACUACGGUGUCCCCAUCUGACUGCCACUCCAGCCAGUUGUUCUGAGGGUCCAUUGUAUUGUAUCAGAUUUUUGUGAAGGAAGACAUGUUCGAUGUGUAGGGUGAACGCUAUACUGCCCACUUGGUUUCGAGAAAAGGAAAAGAGAAUAAGUUGUGACCCGUGCAGAUUUCUAAUGUCGCAAAAGCAACAUCUUUGAAACCUGAGUAACAGAUGACAUUUUGCUAUGGUUUUUUUUUGUUGGCUUAUUGACAUGUUCACCGCCGUCAGCUGCCGUAUGCCUGGGAAUCGUAAAAGUGGAAUGAAAUUUUUGGUUGAAAUCA